CGCCAAGAUCUAUCCCCAAAGCGACUGCUCAUGAUUCCUAUCAGAGGGCCGCAGAGGUAGUGAGUGGUGGCAGGGGAGGAGGAGAGAGAGAAAGACAGAGAGAGAGAGGACAGUCGUGCACUUACUAGCAGGCACCCACACACAAUCUCUCACCAGACACCCACACCCACUUUCUCACGUACGCUGCAUAUACAUCGGAGCACCUGCUUUGUAGCCACUCUGUGUUGUGAAUCUGUUCGUGACGGACUCUCAGCGCCAAGAUGCCUUUCUAUGGCUGGCUGUUGGCUCUAUCUCUGGCAGCACUAACAGGAAACACCAUCCCUGCUGUUGCAUAUGAGUCGACUGAGAGGAACUGCUCUCUGUCCCCGCCGUACCUCCCCAGCACAGCAGUAAAUACCACUCUUCGGCUGCAGGAGUUACGAGAGCAAAUGGUUUCCUUGAAUAUCUUUGCCUACAUUAUCCCCGGCACCGACGCUCACCUGAGUGAGUAUAUUGCACCACGUGAUGCAAGGAUGGCCUUCAUGACCGGCUUUACAGGCUCCGCAGGCACUGCCGUAGUUACUCAGACCAAGGCCGCCCUGUGGACAGACAGCCGUUACUGGGUUCAAGCUGAGAGACAGAUGGACUGCAACUGGGAACUGGAAAAAGAUGUGUCCAUCAGCAGCGUGGCAGAGUGGCUCAUCUCUGAGGUCCCAUCGGGUGGCAAGAUCGGCUUUGAUCCCUUCCUCUUCUCCCUCAAAAAGCAGGAGGAGUACAGCAUCAAUCUGGAGUCAAGCAACCGCAGCAUGAAGUCCAUUCCUAAUAACCUGGUCGACAAAGUGUGGAAGGAAAGGCCACCCAUCCCACCUGAAAAACUCACGCGCCUGCCAGACAGAGUCAUACAAAGGUCCUGGCAGAUGAAAGUGGAGCACAUACGGCAUCAGAUGAGGGACAAUCCUUAUGAGCCCACAGCUCUUCUGCUGUCAGCGCUCGAUGAAACAGCCUGGCUGUUUAAUCUGCGCGGCAACGACAUCCCAUACAAUCCCUUCUUCUACUCCUACACACUGCUGACAAUGGAGGAGAUCUGGCUCUUUUUACACGUGGACAGAGUGACGGAGGAAUUGAAGGUGUACCUGAAUUCCUCCUGUAAUGGAUCCCUCUGCGUGAAGCUACAAAGCUACGACUCUGUCCGAGAUGUCCUCCAGAAAUACGUGGCCAAGCCGGGGGUCAAAGUGUGGGUCGGUACAGAGUACACAAACUACGCACUUUAUGAGGUUAUCACACCACAGGAGAAACUAAUGACAACCUCCUAUUCUCCUGUGCUGACGGCUAAAGCUGUGAAAGAUGAGACUGAGCAGCAAAUUUUGAGGGAUGCUCACAUAAGAGAUGCAGUCGCGGUCAUCCAGCUGCUGAUGUGGCUGGAGAAGGCUGUGCCCGAGGGGAAGGAGACUGAGCUGACUGCUGCAGCAUAUGUCGAUAAAUGUCGCAGCAAACAGAAGGACAGCAGAGGCCCAAGCUUCGAGACGAUCUCUGCAAGCGGACCCAAUGCUGCACUUGCCCAUUACAGCCCAUCAAAAGACACUAGCAGGAGGUUGACAGUUGAUGAGAUGUACCUGGUGGACUCUGGUGGCCAGUAUCUAGACGGGACCACUGACAUCACUCGGACAGUUCACUGGGGAACCCCGACAGCAAUGCAAAAGGAGGCCUUCACUCGAGUGCUCAUGGGAAACAUCGAGAUAUCUCGAACCAUAUUUCCUUCAGGAACAAGAGGUGUCAACAUGGAGAUGCUCGGCCGUCGGGCGCUGUGGGAGGUCGGCCUGAACUACGGCCACGGCACAGGACACGGUGUUGGAAACUACUUUGGAGUUCAUGAGUGGCCAGUUGGCUUUCAAGGCAACAACAUUCCCUUCAGAGCAGGCAUGUUUACAUCUAUAGAACCUGGAUAUUACAAGGAGAAUGACUUUGGGAUCCGGAUUGAAGACGUUGCAGUGAUUGUACCCGCCCGAACAAAGUAUGGUAAUAACUACUUGACCUUUGACACCGUGUCGCUGGUUCCAUAUGACAGAAAACUGAUUGACACCUCUCUUCUUAGCUCAGUACAGCUGCAAUGGCUGAAUACAUACUAUGAGACGAUCCGGAGGCUGUUGGGUCCUGAGCUGGACAAACAGGGACUACACACGGAGAAGGAGUGGAUGCUCCUAAACACAGAGCCCUUCACAGAGACUGAAUCCUCUGCGUCUGCCUGUUCCUCCUCUCUGACCCUCAUGGCUCUUGCCGUCGCUCUCCUCCACAACAUCGUCUGAGGAGCUCCUCUCUCCAUCUCUCCUGCACUCACUCCACUCACAGCAGACUUGCACAUUAAUGUUACUCCUAUGCAGUCUCUACUGACAACAAUGCAGCUAUACCAGUUCGAGAGAUGCACUGCAAUGUAGCGUUUUGUUGGGGUUUUUUUUAAUUAAAGGAUAUAUCUGUUUAAUAAUUCAAUUAGAUGGGUAAAUGUCUGAUAUUGUGGUGUUCAAAGUGUUCAAAAAUAAUAUUUUAUGUGAUUUUUAAUGUGUUAAGUUUUGAGUUUUUAAACUGGACAUUUGUAUGA